AUACAUUUGUAUUGUUUACAUCAUGGCGGCAAAAGGGAACAUGUUUCUUGUAGGAACACGAAUUUUGUGUAUUUUAAUUUCGUCAACGUAUCUUACAUCAAUAAAAGCAUCAACUACAGUCGGUAUUAAUACAACAGCAAAUGAUACAACAUCGACAGCAGCUGGAACAACAGUUUCAGAGACAACAACCGAAGCAGCAACUACACAAGUCCAAACAACCGCCUCUACAAUACCGCCCACAACUACACCGCCAAUACAGACGUUUGAUCCGUCCAUAGUAGCUGCAAACGUUGAUGUAGGACGGUGUUGGUGCGACAUCACAGGAAAUGCGUGCGAUAUUAACUGCUGUUGUGACACCGAGUGUGAUACGACAGAUAAAGCCUCUUUUGACUCGUGUAAGGAAGCACCUGUCAGUGUGGAUUCCCAAUACUGUGUCCAGGAGGAGGUAAUACUGACUGAGAAUUCUGUUUAUACAUCACAGACGUCACAAGAUGGACUCUUCUGUAUAUACACUGACAACAAUCAGCAGAGGAAUUACUACACCACACCCGACAUGAUCAGCUCUCUGAACACGUUCAAUGUCUACAGAGACAGAUAUGCUUCAUACACCUAUUUGCCUACCACAUCAGCAGAUACAACGUACUCACAGUUUUACAAGGUUGGAGACCCCAUCUUUGUUGUUUAUGAGAAUUCAGCCACUGGUUACCUAAACAUACCCCGGGGGGAGCCCUACUGCUCCAGUAAUAACCCUGUGUCCUACCUGGUCGACCAAAGUUUUAAAUGCACCCGCCAGCUGAGGACCCUGGACACUGCUACCUGUCAAACCACAUCCUACCUGAGGGCUUCCAGUUACCUCACUAAUGUCAGAGUUGUCACGACACCAUACCUCUUUACCUGGAUAAUUAACGGAACAGAGAUAACGACUCCUGCCCCCACAACUGCAGCACCACCGCCGACCACUGUCCCAACAGUUGCCGUGACAACCUCCAAUGACACUAACGUGACAGUAGAAACAACAACAUCAACGACGACGACCACUACCGCUGAGGCAACAACAGUUGUACUGACAACAGGUUCGGCUGUUGAUAACGUAACUGUAAUGUUGGACAAUGUUACCAUGGUGACAGAUGAGAGAGUCCAGAGAUCCCUGUACAAUAAUUCCUACACUACAGAAAUUAAGCUGGAUAGGGUAGUGUGUUUGGGUAUCGACGGACUUGUGGUGGACUGUUCAUUUGCAGUUACCUCCCCUCCUGAUCCAACAUUUAACACAACACAUUGUAAUGAUGUUGUGCUGGGGGUUGAAUAUCACAUUACCCAUGAUGGCUCCAGUGGAAUUUCGAGUGCUGAAGUUCGCCUGACAAUGGGAUCUAUUCAGACAACUGACUUACCAAUUUCUCAGACAUACGGCUCAAGUUUCUCCUCGGUUAAUGAAUUAAACAAGACAAUUACCGACCGGAGUGGCAAUCCUGGCUACAUCACUGGGAAACCCGUCCGAGCUGGGGUGCUAGUCCUCAAUACCACGGGAGAAAAUAAAUAUGCUAUGAUAGAGAAUAUGUACAACUUGACAAUUGUCAAAGCCUCAGCCACUGGGACCUGUCUGACUGACUCAGCACAGAGAGAGCAGGUCAACUUUGGGGUCAACAUGUUAUCCGGCUGCCUGAUCAGAUUUAAUUUGUUCAAUGUGUCUGCCGACCAGUAUUGUCAGGCCAUGCAGAACGCAGUGGUUGAUGCCAUGGAGGGUGUGGUGGACACAGUGACCCGUGAUGACCCGACCAGACAGAGACGAGUGGCUACCUAUGGGAACUCGGACCCAUUAAAACCAGGAGACUGGGUCCAGAUUCUCAGGGAUCCACCAGAAACAAUUAAUCCAGAUGAUUCCGUGUGUUCCAUGUCAAUGGGGAUGUCCACAGAAAUCUUGUAUGCUAACACCGGAGCACUGGCCAACCCCCAGCCCAAGAUCAUCGGAGUCUACUUCAAAUAUGAAACCAAACAGGACGUAAUCUAUACAUGUGCUGGAUCUCGUUGUACUGAAGGGAAUACCGAAGUUGAUAUGUCAUACGAAGUUCGCAACUCAGUAACCUUCAUUGACGUUUCCCAGCCUGCUACAGGAUACGUGGGGGAGCCACCUGUCUUUCUGGCCAAAGUACCGUAUGAUUUCUUCUACCCCUUUACCAGCAGUAGCUCAUCACAAAUAAGACUGUUUAGAUAUUAUCAGGUUGUCAUAUGUUUAUUAUUGCUAUGUAAGAAGAUCAUUUCAUAGGGGUUACGAGCUAUAGAUUUUCUAAUUUAAUUUGGAGGGGGGGAUGUGUUAUACACAUAUUUGUUUUAAGAUUUCUUUACAGGUAGAAAAUUAAGUGACCAGAAUUUGAUCUGUAUACCGUACUUGAGGUCUGCUGUAUUUUGUAGAAUCCUUAUAUUGUGUGAAUACUUGUAGUUAACUUUCAGAAUGUAAAAUGGGGAGUACACUGAAUUCUGUGUAAAUCAGUGAUAAAUAAAUAAGUGAUUCUUUUGUUAUCCUUGAGAGAGGCUUCCCAAAACUUAACACAAAAUAUAUAUUACUGACAUAUCAUAAGAAAAGUACGACAUUAGGAAAAUACUUUUAGAAACUGGUUGUGAAUUAUUACUCUCAAUGUAGGCCGUCCAUCCUUUUAACAGAUUUUAUAUAUUUUUCACAUGUGAUUUUUUAUUUAUAAACUCGAAUGAAUUUUUUAUUCCUAUGUUUGUAUGUCAAAAUUUCUAUGGCUAAUUCAAAAAAUUAUCAUGGCAUUCUUUUUUUAAAUGAUAUAGUACGCUAUGGAUGUGUGUAUUUUAGGACAGUCUAAUAAAACGUUUAUUGUCCGAGUACACGGUUGUGUACAGAGGAAGGACGAUCAUGUAGUGCAGCAAUGUGUAUAAAAGUUGUAACUGAACGAGUGUUUGACAACUAAAAAGUGAGAGUUGUCCGAUAUUUAUUUCAUGUGUCUGUUUACAUUAUUGAGGUAUAAGUGGAGUUUUAAUACUGUAAAUGUAUCUGGUUUACAUUAUUGAUGUAUAAGUGGAGUUUUAAUACUGUAAAUGUAUCUGUUUUACCUUAUUAAUGUAUAAGUGGAGUUUUAAUACCAUAAAUAUAUCUGUUUACAUUAUUGAGGCAUAAAUGGAGUUUUAAUACUGUAAAUGUAUCUGUUUACAGUAUUGAGGUAUAAGUGGAGUUUUGAUACUGUAAAUGUGACAUGCAAAUGAUUAAUAUCACUCUUUAUCCGUCCUGAUUCAUGUAUGUGGCUUGUGUACAAAUAUGUCUGACUCUGCAAGUUUGUGGCCUAUUUUUCUUUAGUUAUGAGAAAGUCUUACAGAUGCAGCGAGUAAUUACAUGCAAUUUAUGUAUUUUUAUAAUUAGAGAAAUUAAAGUAAUGAUUUAAUAUAAAA